AUGUUUGAGUGGCCAGAGAAAGAGAUAUAGCUUUGAGAAAACACACCACACCAUUAUUCAAGAGAUCUAUCUCCAUUAUUCAAUCUUUCCUUCUUCUUCUUCAUCUUCUUUAGUAUACUAGAGAGCAAAAUGGAAUCUGAGGGAGGAGUGUUGUUACCAUUGUUUCACGAGCAUCCUAUGACGCCUUGGAAUGAUCAUCAUAUGAGGAAAGGCGAUUGCUGUGAUUGCUUUGAACCUCAGAGUGAUGGCUACUACUAUUGUAAACUCUGUGAUUUCUUCGUGCACAAGAAGUGUGGCGACGAGCUGUCUGAAUUCAUCAGCGACCACCCAUCUCACCCCGAUCACACUCUCCGGCUUCAAGAAAAACGAGAAGAUCACGUAUGCUAUAUAUGUGAUAGUAAAAUCCAGAAUCUAUCCUAUCGUUGCGAGAUGUGUGACUUCCACAUGGAUCUACACUGUGCCAAGUACCCACCACCAGAUAUUAUUGAAAAUUUUGAGAUGCAUCCCCACAAGCUCACAUUUGUCAAGGAACUGAGCGCCUUCCACUGUUCUGCAAAAUGCGGGAAGACUUCUGCAUAUGCUGCAGGAUUUUCUUGUGGAUUUUAUUACCAAUGUAAUGAAUGUGAUGCUGUAGCCUUUCAUGUGGAAUGUGUAUGGCACCCAGCAGCACUAGAGCACUCAACAGAGGUAAACCACCCUUAUCACUCCUUGCAUCCUCUUAAGCUAUUCAAGGGUCCACCACCUGACUAUUCUGAUGGUAAAUGUCGUCUUUGCGGAAGAAAGGUUGAUAAAGAAUUGUUUUAUCAUUGUUCUUCUUGUAACUUCACCUUGGAUUGGCGUUGUGUUGUGAAUCCGCCACCACAAUCUCUUUUGAACUUGAAAGCUCAUGAUCACCAACUCAAGCUUCUUCCAAGACUGCUUUCAUUCACAUGUAAUGCUUGUGGGCUCAAGGGAGAUCGAAGCCCUUACAUGUGUGUUCAAUGUGAUUUCAUGAUCCAUCAAGGCUGUCUUGGUCUUCCUCGUGUCAUUAACAUCAAUCGACAUGAUCACCGUGUUUCUCGUACUUUGCUUCUUGGUGAUGGUGCUAUGAAUUCUGUAUGCGAAGUUUGUCACAAGAAGGUGGACUGGACUUGUGGAGGAUUUUCUUGUCAGACGUGCCCUAACUAUGUUGUUCAUUCUAAAUGUGCUACCAGAUAUGAUGUUUGGAACAUGAAAGAGCUUGAAGGAGUACCUGAAGAAGAAGAAGAUAUAGAACCAUAUGUGGUGAUAGACGACAACACAAUACAACAUUUCAGCCACAAAGAGCAUUACCUCAUAUUCAAUGAGAAUGGUGUUUUGUAUGAGGAUAAAAAACGAUGCAGCGCAUGCACCCAUCCCAUUGGUCUCCAAUCCUUUUAUGGAUGUAUGGAUUGUGAUUUUUCUCUCCAUCAGUGCUGUGCUAAAUGUCCUAAAAAGAAAAGGCAUGUGUUACACAAUGAACGGCUCACUUUAUUUACAAACAAGGAGCUAGAUACCUUCAGAUGUUAUGCUUGCAGUCGAAUGUGCAAUGGAUUCAUAUACAAGGAUCGGUAUACGAAGUUGGAUGUCUUGUGCGGUUCAGUUUCUGAGCCAUUUGAACGUCAUCACCACCAUCCCUUAUAUUACACUUUCGUAUUAUCUGACAAUUCCAUUGAAGAGACGGGAAUAUGCAAUGGUUGCAACAAUAAGGAAUAUCGUCUACUCAAGUGCAUUGAAGAUGAUUGUGGAUUUGUAAUAUGCUUCAAAUGUGCCACUCUACCACAAGUGGUAAAGCACAGAGUAGAUGAUCAUCCUCUCUCACUAUGCUAUGUGGAAGAAGAAGAGGCAAGUGGUAAAUACUGGUGCGACAUCUGUGAGAGAGAAACCGAUCCAAAGAAAUGGUUCUACACGUGUAAAGAUCACUUGGCUAGUUUGCAUACAAAAUGUGUGCUCGGAGACACUGCAGGACUCAUGCCAAGAAGCGUACCAAAGUUGUUGGGCAUACCGCAUGAGGUGGUGCUGAAUAAUAGUGUAACUCGCCCAUUUUGCAUUCGGUGCAAGUCUCGUUGCAUGUACCCUAUCUACCUCAAGGUGCUUGGGUCCCCAGAUAUAUGCUUUUGCUCUGUUGAGUGCUCUCUUGUUUACGUUUGAUAUGGGAAGAGGUAGAGCGAAAUGAACAAUCAUAACUACAAAGUGUAAUAAAUAUUAAUAAGCCAUGGAGGCAAAGCAUAGGUUUUUUUGCUAAAUAAGCCAUGGAGGCAAAGCAUAGGUUGAUGACUAUAUUCUCUCACUAUGCUAUAUAUGGAGAAAAGGAAAAUGGCAAAUACUGGUGUGACAUUUGGUAAGAAAGAUACCAAUCCAAAGAACUGGUUCUACACGUGUGUGCUCGGAGACACUAGGUGGCUCAUGCCAGGGAACACGCUGAAGUAUUUUGGCAUACCAUUUGAGGUACAUCACGUCCAUUUUUGGCAUACCAUUGCAAUACGCUAUCAUCUUAAAGGUCAGGUACAUACAUUUGCUCUGUGAGGUGAAUUAACAAGCUUCUCUUUGGGGUCCAUGCAAUAAUCAACCUCUCUCACAAUUUCAAGAGUAAUCUGCAAUAGUAACUAAGGUUGAAAAAGAUUAUAAGCAUUUUGAUUAGACAAGCGGAAGCGAGUAUACAAGUUUGUAAUCUACUUUUUAUCAAUGUACGUAAUGUGACUUCAUUAUCCAUGGAAAUAUUUGAAACA